AUGGCGGCAGAACCGGCCGAUGCGCCGCCGUCGUGGCGACCACAACCAACGGCGGUAUUAUCUCCGUACGACCCUGUUGCUUCAUUGUACGUGGGUGAUCUUGACCCGCAAGUCUCCGAGAGAGACCUCGUCACCAUAUUCCAGCUCAUGGGUCCCAUUUCCUCCCUUCGACUCUGCCGAGACUUCCACACCGGAGAAUCCCUUCGCUACGCCUACGUCAAUUUCUUCUUCUACUCUCAUGCAUCUAAAGCUAUUGCUUGCCUAAACCACACUGAGGUGAAGGGAAGAACCAUGAGGAUCAUGUGGUCUCAAAGAGACCCUCUUUCAAGAAAGUCUGGAGUUGGCAAUCUCUUUGUGAAGAACCUUGACCGUUCAAUCACAAGUGCUAAAUUGCAAGACCUGUUCAGCAAGUAUGGGAAUUUACUAUCUUGCAAGGUUGCUGAGGAAAAUGGGACAAGUAAGGGUUUCGGGUUUGUCCACUUUGAUUCAGAGGUCUCUGCCAUGGCUGCUAUCACUGCUCUCCAUAAUGAAACUGUGCUAGGAAAGAAGUUAUAUGUAUCAAAAUUUGUCAAGAGAAGUGUGAGGACAGCAGCAAAUGAAGAACGAGCUUCAACUGAUCUGUUUGUGAAGAACCUUGAUUAUAAUAUAACUGAACAUGUCCUACAAGAGAAGUUCUCUGAGUUUGGGAAGGUUUCUAAAGUAACCAUCUUGAAGGACAGCAAUGACAAUUCUAGAGGUUUUGGCUUUGUCAAGUUUGAGUUGCAUAAAGACGCUAAUAACGCUGUUGAAAAGUUGAACGGCUCGCUGCUAGGUUCAAAGCAUUUGUUCAUGGAAAGGGCUCGGAAAAAAGUUGGCAGGAAGUUGUGCAACUGCCAGUUUGAAAAGUUUAAGGCCACAAAUAAUUUGUGUGUCAAAAACCUAGACCUGUCCGUGAAUGAUGCCAAACUGAGAGAUCAUUUCAGUUGCUGUGGAGAAGUGAUAUCAGUGAGAGUGAUGCGAUGCAAUGAUGGCACUAGUAAGGGAUACGGUUUCGUUUGUUUCUCCACCCAUGAAGAAGCAAUGAAGGCUCUGCAUACACUCAACGGUUCCGUCUUAGAAGGAAGGCAUUUGUGCUUGAUUUUUGCUCGGCAGAGACCAUAUAAAUUCCACAGGGUGUAUGAAGAUUAUGUCCCCCUCAAUAUUCCCCUAUGUGAAUCUUCAACGGAAAUUUUGCCUCAAAAUUCGACUGAUUCCAGUGCUGCCCUUUCUCAAAGUUGCACCAACUAUCCUAACUCUGUUGCAUGCUCUCUUCAACAGCAGCCAACUGCCUAUCAACACUUUGGCAGCAAUGUUGGAGUACUGAAUCCGUUUUCGUCACAAGAUUUCCUGAAUCAGUACUAUGUAAGAAAUAUGCUUUAUCCAAAGCCAUAUUUCUUUCUGUUUUCACCAGGGUUUGUUAUUAACAAUUUUUGA